AUGCCGAAAGAAAGCACCUCCGGCCCGCGCCCACACCGCCGCCAUAAUCCUCUCCACGAGGAACUCCUUGAAGAUGCGCCUGGAAACCUCCGAAAAGUUUCCCGCGCGAAGCGAAAGGAGCGUCAGUCAAAGCCAGAGGAAUAUGUCGAUUCCAGCAUGUCAAAGAAAAUUCUCCAGAUUGCGAGGGAACAGCAGGAUGAGCUUCAGGACGAGGCAGCUGUCAGCGCUGCUAUGAACGGGAACUUUAUGGGUGCUGCGGCACAGAUGAGGUUUGAUCAGGAUGCGGAGGAGGAUAGCGAGGGGGAAUAUGAGGACGCUGAUUUUGGUGAGGAGGAGAUUGUUGAGGAAGUGGAAAUCGACGAAGCAGAUAUAGAGAUGUUCAAUCGUUUUAUGCCAUCAAACGGCGAAGAACCUACCCAGCGAAUAUCACUCGCCGAUAAAAUCUUGGAGAAGAUUGCGGAGCACGAGGCACGCCUUGCAGGCACCCUGGUCGAACAGGAACCCGUCCCUUCAUUACCAGAAAAGGUUAUCGAGGUCUACACAAAAGUUGGUCUCCUUCUCUCCCGCUACAAAUCCGGAAAGCUCCCCAAAGCUUUCAAAAUCAUACCGUCUCUCAAGAACUGGGAAGAAAUCCUUUACCUAACCCGCCCCGACACCUGGUCUGCCAACGCCUGUCUCGAGGCCACCCGCCUAUUCGCCGCCACAAAGUCCUCCCAAUGCCAAAAGUUCCUCAACACAAUUCUCCUUGACCGUGUUCGCGACGACAUCGCAGAAAACAAAAAGCUCAAUGUCCACCUCUACAACGCGAUCAAGAAGUCCCUCUACAAGCCCGCCGCUUUCUUCAAAGGGUUUCUAUUUCCCCUAGCGCAAAGCGGGACCUGCACACUCAAGGAGGCCCAGAUCAUUGGAUCUGUGCUUACCCGCAUUUCCGUCCCCGUGCUCCACUCAGCCGCUGCGCUACUGAGGCUGUGCGAAAUGGAAUACACGGGUCCUACGAGCGUCUUUAUAAAGGUGCUUAUCGAUAAGAAGUACGCGCUCCCAUACAAGGUUGUUGACGCGCUAGUGUUCCACUUCAUGAGGUUCAAGAGUGCUGAAGGGGCUCUGCCGCUGCUAUGGCACCAGAGCUUCUUAAGCUUCGCACAGAGGUAUCGCAACGAUGUGACAGAGGAUCAGAGGGAUGUGCUGCUGGAUGUGUUGCUUGUCAAGGGGCACCCGGGUAUUGCGCCGGAGAUCAGGAGAGAAUUGUUGGAGGGACGGGGGAGAGGCGAGGAGGAGGGCGCUAAGGUUGCCGAUGAUGAUGUUAUGUUGGAUUAA